UGUGACCCAGGUCACAGCAAAUGAACAGGAAGAAAAGAUGGCGGCGAGGAACGAGAAGAAUGGUCUGCUGGAGAAAUGGAGAAUUGAUGAAAAGCCUGUGAAGAUUGACAAAUGGGACGGUGCAGCUGUGAAGAACUCUCUAGAUGAUGCAGCCAAGAAGGUUCUGAUGGAAAAAUACGGCCAUCUUGAGAGUUUUAAUUUAGUUGAUGGACGUCUUGUCAUUUGCACAAUCUCGUGCCUUUUUGCCAUUGUAGCUUUAAUUUGGGAUUAUCUUCACCCAUUCCCUGAGUCCAAACCAGUACUGGCAUGCUGUCUUAUUACAUAUUUCGUAAUGAUGGGCAUUUUGACCCUGUACACCUCUUACAAAGAGAAGAACAUCUUCCUAGUGGCCAUGCAGAGAGACCCAGCUGGUAUGGACCCAGAUCACAUGUGGCAGCUCUCUUCUAGUCUAAAAAGGUUUGAUGACCAGUACACGUUAAGAGUGUCCUUUACAGAUGGGAAAACAAAGCAGUUGAGAGAGAUGGAGUUUACGAAGUCUGUCGGGAUUUUCUUCGACGAGAACGGAACGCUGGUGAUGGACCAAUUGGAAAAAUUUGUCUCAAAGCUCCAUGACACGUUGGCCGUAGAAAAGAAAACAAAGUAGCUUUUAGUGGAAUCAGGUGGCACCAGGCUUCAGCGGCCCUGUGCACACAGUAACAGUGGCUUUAGUGGGACAAAACAUAGAUGUUAUUGAGGGCUUUGUGUUCUGAGUUUAGCUCUCAAUUGUAAUAUUACAUAAGGUCAACACAGUGUUUUUUGUUGCUUAUGUUUUUGAACUGGUCCAAUUUUUUCCUUAAAUUUGUCAAAUUCAUUGUGAUGCUCUUAUUUUGAAGUAGGCUGUUAAGUCGCCUAAUAAGCAUAACAACAGUGUUCAUGAAAAUCUGUAUAUUUUAGUGCACUUCCAUAUUGCUUUUAGACAUUCGGAGGAUAAAUAAUAUUUUCAUAACAAGAUUAGUCACUUCUUACACUAAGGAGUGUUGGAUGCUCUCCCUGCCUAACAAUACAUGUCAUGCUUCAUAGACACAAUUCUCAAUCAAGAGUGUCUAAAACAAGUACUUUUGUGGUACAUCUUAGAACCAGUGUAAUAUAUAUUCCAAAAGACCUUAUUUAAACAUCUUUUUUGUCCAACCAUACUGCGAUUCUUUUUUUUUUUUCUAUUUAGAUUUUGUUGAAGCCUUUAAAGGACAACAACAAGCAAGAAGGGGCUGUAUCCAUCUUUGGUGCUGUACCCUUCGCCGCUUUGAUACUUCUGUGUUUUGACGUUUAUGCUUGAACCAGGGAUAAUCGUUUUCUGUCUCUUGAGGGUUGGAAGUGGAUUGGUUUUGGCCUGUUUUCACACUUGAGAGAAUAAACCUGGAUUCCUCAUGUUUUUUUCUUUGUCAUCCACAUGCCAUUUUCAAGUAGAUGUAAUUUAUUUUGGAAAGGUUAGACAUAUACAUGUGGAUGCAGAUGCUUUCUCCAAAUUGUGAAGAAACUGGUUCCAGAAAUGAGUUCCACAGAGGAGUCACGUUUUUUUUGUCAAAAAAUAUUCAGCUUCAGCUUUCUAUAUUGGUUGUGCCUGUUCUUCUCAAGUUACAAAUAAAGUGACAAGGCAUUUUUAAAAGG